AGUGAAAUUUUAUGCGAUGGAAUCUCAAAAUUGUUCAAAAACUAAAACACCAAGAUGUUUAUGGGACAGUAGUAAAUCAGAUAAGAAAAGCGUAGAAACAAACACCGAUUAUAAAACCUGUUCUUGUCGUAAUUGUUUCCAACUGAAACUUUUGGAUGCGAACGUAUUAAACCAUAGCGAACCUGUAAAUCAACAGACGAUUGUUAAUUAUAAAAAGGCGAUUAACUAUAUUAAUUCUUGUCACGCCAUAAUCAACGAAUAUAUCACCAAAACGAAUAAUCAGAAAUGCGUUAAAUGCCACGCGAAAUCUGAAGACACAAUCAACGUGAACAUGCCUGAUUUGCCUGAUUUUAUUAUGUUGCUUUCUUCUUUGACGGCUUUAAACAAAGAGGGUUUGUGUUCCAAAUGUUCUCAUGGGGAUUGCACCUCAAAAUCGAGAUCUGAGGAAGACUCGUUAAAACAAAAUAAAAAAUCGUCAUCUAGGCCUCAUACAGCAAGUAGUAUAUGUCGAAAGUCUGAAUCCCCUGAGAAAAUAUACGGUUCUUCACCAAGUUCAGAAAGUCCUGGAACAACAACUACUUAUGACAAGAAAAAAGCACAUACUUCUCACUGUACAAGUCGGAAAAAUAAUCGAGAUGCAGGAGUAGUAUUCAAUAAAGAAGACAAGUAUCGUCAAAUCGUAGAGGAUAGUGGAUGCUGCAUACCAAACAACAAAAAAUCGUCUAUAAUUUUGACCAGUAGUACAGAUGAAGCCAAAAUUCAUACAAAAUCAGCACCAAUUUCUCGAAAACUCGCGGCAAGAACCAUUCAUUCAGUAUCCGUCACUGAUGAAUCUGAAAAUGAACAUAAAACCGUCUCCACAACCGUGAUGGGAAAUUUUAUCACAGAAAAGAAUAUUGCAAAGAAAAAGUACAAAUGUAAAGGUAACAAAUUUGAAAUGGGCGACGCCUCAACAGACUUAGAACCAACCAUUCAAAGGAAUUCAUCUGGCACUGAAACCAGUACCGUAUGUAAUGAUCCCAAACAUCAAGGGAAUGGUAGAGAACAUGACGAUAAUUUUCAAGCUCUAUAUGCAAUCAUUGGUCAACAAUUGUUGCAAGGAAAUCAAAUGAUGCCUGUUCAAAAGGUCAUCGAUAUUCUCAAAAACCAAGCAUUCUCUCCUUUGACUAUUUCUGAAAGUCUGAAGGAUAAUUCUACUAGAGAAACAACGUCCAAUAGUGAAACUCGACAAGAUACAUCAACAGAUACCAAUAUCGAGAAAGUAGCUCAGUGUCACGAAAAAAUUGGACACUGUUCCAAAAGACACAGAACCGUUAGUAAAGACAAAGAACAGGCAUUACAUCCACCACUAGUAUCUCAAAGGGACAUCGAAAAUUAUACGACAGAACUUAUGGAAACGCUUCAAAGAGAUAGUUCUCAAGAAACUACACCCAGAUGUAAGUCAUCAUUCCUCACUUGCCCAAAUUCCUCUCCCAUUCGUUUCCUUUUAGACACAAAUACUGGAUCUACGACCCAAAGUUUUGAUUUGGAAGAGGACUACUCCACAUCUGACAAAAGAGAUGAAUCCAGAAAAAUGUCACAGACUCGUAUACCGACGGCGGUUCGAGGUCAAAUCAAAAGAUCUUCAAGUCAUCAUUCUCCUCCUCCUCCUCUAACAAAAAAUGAAAAUUGCAUCUCUUGUGUUAAGGAGGCUCAAAACCUUGUUAGUUCCUCCUCUAACGAAUAUCAGGUAGCCACAUCUGACGACCAAAGGGAAUGCAGUGAUUGCGGAAACGUUAUUCUUAGCAGUCAAGAAACCACUCAACAACAACAACAACAACCAUUUUUGUACUCGGCACAACGUACCACAGAAACGAAUUGUUCACUGUUGCAGCAAGAUUUACCGCCUUAUGUUGUCCAACAGAAAAGAUCUGACCAUUUCGUGUGUAACAGGCAGAGGAGGAGGGAAAAAGGUCGAAAUGCUCACUGUGGCUCUCCACGUGGCUUGGACCAACGCCAGAGUUACUACGAACAGAAUAUGUCAAGUAUUCAAAACAUACCUGAAGAAGGCGAGUAUGCUUUUGAAGAAGAAGAAAACGCCGAACAAAACGAAAAUUCACCUUUCAAGAAAUCGAAACAACAACCUGAGAAAGAAAAGUGCUCUACGGGAUCAAUAAGGAGUCGUACAGAUUCUUCCGAAAUAGAAACCGAUAAAGAUGAAAUUAUUAAGCAGUUUACCCCCAGAAAAAUUAUUAUCGAUUCUAACGGUGCUACUACUAAGAUGAAGUGUGUACAUAAAUAGGUUGGUUAAAACAUCAGAACUAAUGG